CCCCGUGGCCGACACCUCCCACCCCCCCGUCCCCGCCUUCGUAAGGUUUCGACGGACGUGCCCUCCUGUCAUUUAUAAUCUCGGAAUUCGUCGGAAGCCCAUCCGUGGUCGGUAUCGUAUUCGAUCGAUGCGGACGUCCGCAGCUUAGUCCAGCGAGGUAAACCCGUUAUCAUCCUUCGUCCCUAGAGAUCCAGUUCUUGGUCGGAAAUCUUUCGUGAUUACGGAACCCAAUCCUGUGUGUGCUGCUGGCUGCCUUUGGGAAGGAGGUCGGAGGGUUUUGAGGCGGAAGUCGGAGCUGGAGAACCGAUAAAGUUUGGUCCUUUUGUCCAUUGAGACAGACUUCGGAGGUGGAAGAUCUACUUGAUGCCUUUACGCUAGAACCCUACGGGUUUGCUUUGUGGAAGGUACUUGUAAAGUAGAGAUCGUAUUAUUAUUUAGACAGUUAAUGGCUAACGAGUCUGCAAAACAGCCGUUGCUCUCAGGGUUAGUAGAUCCUCCUAAAUAUCCCCAGAAGAAUACCACAACCAAGAGAAAAAGGUUCCUCCGUAGUAAAAGUGCCCCAUCUGUCGACAUCCUAUUGGGUCCGACUGAAGUUGGUGGCACACUUCCUGAUUCAAAGUUGAAUUCCAUCUAUUUUCGUCCAAGCCUUAAGCAAGUAGUUCUCUACUUGGUUAUCUACCUAGGAGCAGGGGCUGCUUGCUUUUAUCUUGUAAAGGAUCAACUUGCUGGCAAGAAAACAAAUGGUGUUCUUGAUGCUAUAUACUUCUCCAUCGUAACAAUGACCACCGUUGGUUAUGGAGAUCUGGUUCCAAAUAGUGUCACCACAAAACUUCUAGCAUCUGUUUUUGUGUUUACUGGCAUGGCAAUAGUAGGUAUGUUGUUAAGUAGAGCAGCUGAUUAUCUUGUUGAAAAGCAGGAAAUGUUGUUAUAUAAAGCAUUACAUAUGCGUUGCAAGGGAGGGGAGGCACAUAUGUUGAAACAGAUUGAGACUAACAAAGUAAAAUAUAAAUUCUAUACAACUGCAGUGAUUCUUGUAUUGCUAAUUACCAUCGGGACUGUGUUUCUAUGGAAGGUCGAGAAACUAGAAUUUGUCGAUGCCUUUUAUUGUGUUUGUUCUACUAUAACCACAUUAGGAUAUGGAGACAAGAGCUUCUCAACUGGAGGAGGUCGUGCAUUUGCUAUUUUCUGGAUCGUAACUAGCACUGUUUGUGUAGCUCAGUUCUUUCUAUACCUUGCUGAGUUAAACGCAGAACACCGACAGAAAUUACUGGCUAAAUGGGUCCUUACUAGGAGAAUGACAUUUGUGGACCUUGAAGCAGCAGAUCUUGAUGAUGAUGGUGUUGUGGGUGCUGCAGAGUUCAUAAUUUAUAAGCUGAAAGAGAUGGGGAAGAUCAGCGAAGAGGAUAUCGCACUUGUGAUGGAGGAAUUCGAGGAUCUCGACAUUGAUCAGUCCGGUACACUAUCAGCAGCUGACCUGGUUCUUGCUCAGUCUAAUCGGUAGAGAAGCUUAUGGUUAACACCAUACUUCUUUCAGAUGUAUCUAUUGGUUAAGUUUAUGUUAAUAAAUGCUUCUCUCAAGUUAAUUUUGUUAAAAUUCUAGUUUGUCGAUUUUGUGACUUGCGGUGUUAACUACAUCCAAUUAGAAUCAGUUGAUCUUUUUCUGAUUGGAAAAGAUCCGUGUAAUCAGCAUCAAAUAAUUGAGACAUUACAACUUCUUGUGUUAACUUCAUCAAUAGAACAACUGUUGGAUCUGAAAGAAAAGAAACUAGGAGGAUAUAUUAAAUUGGUGUCA